AUAUCCUGACACCUGCCGUCUGCGCCCCCGGCCCCCUGGCUCCCCUCUCCCGACCCCGCGCUCCGUCCCGCUGCUCCUUCCGCGUGGGGCGGCCGCGGGUCCAGGCGCCUCCCCGGCUCGCGCCGCACUGGGCGUGCUGCGGGCGAUGAAGGCCGUCCACCCGGAAUCCUGUGAGCCGGAGCCCGUGAAGCUGCUUAGGCCAUGGAUUUGAAGGUUAGCAACGGCCCCGGCCCCGGGGACGAGCGCACCACGAGCCUGCUGCUGCUGGGCUUCCUGCAGAGCUGCCCCCACUCCUGCUUCCAGAGGGAGCUGGAGGCGCUGGGUCACGAGUUGCCUGGGCGCCUGUUCCAUGACGAUGAGCUGCAGACGGACGGCAACCGCUGCAGCCACUUCCCCUUGGCAGCGGAAGCGGAGACAGAUUCUGAGCGUCAGGAGGAGGCAGUCCGCGAAGUCGCCCGGCAGCUCGCCCAGAUUGGGGACAGGCUGGAGGGCAGCAUCCACCCAGGGAUGGUGGCCGGCCUGGCCUCACGCUUCAGUGUCAGGAGCCUGUCGGAGGAGGACAGGAGGCAGUGCCUGGCGGCUGUGCUAGAACAGCUCAUGCAAACCUGCCCUCCGGACAUGGACCACGAGAAGACCCAGCUCCUGCUCACCAUGCUCUUGGCCAAAAAGAUAGCCGACCACUCGCCAGCCUUGCUCCGAGAUGUCUUCCGCACAACGGUGACCUUCAUCAACCAGAACCUCCUCGCCUAUGUGAGGAACUUAGUCCGAAAUCAGAUGGACUGAGUGACCACUCGGCAAAAGCAGACUGUGAAGACGCAGGCGGUGUCAACACUGUAGCUGCCGCCUCCACGGACACGAGCUUCGGCCGCUGAUCCAGGCUCAGAGAAGACGGCCCGAGACGAUCACGGAGUGCCACCUCACCACUUUAAAGCCCGGGGCUGUUUAAGACUUGCUGCGCUAGCGCACCUGGACGGAGAUGUUCACGUGUACCUGUGGAUAUUUCUUCUGCAUCCACCCCCACACUGUGCCUUUGUCUGCUGUUGGCCGGGAAGGUCCCCACCUGAAAGUCACCCAAAAGCAGAUGGGACUUCCUGGUGGUCCAGUAGUUAGGACUCUGCACUUCCACUGCUGGAGCCUGGGUUUGAUCCCUGGUUGGGGAACAGAUCCCAAAAGCCUUGUGGUUCAGCCAAAACAGAAAAUAAAAGCAAACUGUUCAGAGAGAAAA